GAAUAUAAACAUUUUUUUUGGUAUUUCCCUUCUUGGUGAAUCAGGUUUGAGAGAGUUGUUUAAACUCAGUCCAAUUCUUUACCAUUUGCUCGAGGUCAAUAAAAAGUCAAGUGCUGAUUUCUUUAAUUGUGAUCUGCUAUAUAAAACUGAUAGAUAUGGCUUUAAUUUUGUAGUAGACUUUAUCCUUCUUUUGUCUGAAAGGUUUUUUACUUUACUGCUUAAAUCUACUCACGCUUUUUGAUGGGAACUAAACCAGGUUAUGCGUCUUUGGUCAUUGGACGGCUACAACUGUGUGGAAGAAUAUCACAUUCCUGAUACUUUCUCCCUAGUUGACUUUGAUUUCGAUAAGAGCAAGAUUGUUGGUUUGCUUGGUUCACGUGUAGGCAUAUGGAGAUGUAACGGGAAAAGAAGUAUAUUUCCCUACCGUGAAGGCACAUUCUCGAAAGGUGCAUUGAUCCGGAUCCUGUCACUGGAUGUGAGGUUGGAACUGCUUAUGUAUUUGACAUGUAUAGUAGGACAUGUCCUCGAAUUAUUAAGUAUGCACUGUGCUUGUUGAAUGGUCAGGAUGCAUGCCGGCC